GAAUUUUUAUCUGAUAUUUAGUUGGGCUCUCUCCUUAGUCGAAGUAUUUUGUCUUUUUCCUGAUGUUUUCACUCUAUUUGAUGUGUUUAACAAAAAUUAAAUCUUAAUUAGAGACUUAACAUGCAAUGUUAAAGUGUCGUUUAUAACAAUGAAUUCAGCGGCAGAAGACGAUUAUAUAAUAGAGGAAGCUGAGAGAACUCUACUUCCAUCCCAGUCAACAGAGAAAGCUACAGAAUAUGAGACGGCAAUAUCUGAAGCGGGAUAUGGUAGAUUCCAUUUAAAAUUGUUACUACUAUGUGGUUGGGCUGUUUCGAGUGAUGCCAUAGAAGUUGUUUGUAUUUCUUUUGUCUUGCCUUCAGCAACAUGUGACUUUCGAAUGACCGGAUUUUACAAAGGAUUGCUGACUGCGAUCAUAUUCCUUGGAAUGUUAUUUGGUGGAUAUAUCUGGGGCGCUAUAUCAGAUAUCUUUGGUAGGCGAUCAACACUGUUAAUGUCCUUACUUAUCAAUAGUAUUGGAGGUGGAGUUUCAAGUUUAUGCCAAAAAUACUGGAUGUUUCUUAUAUUCCGGUUAAUUAGUGGAAUAGGGGUGGGCGGUGCUCUACCAGUAAUAUUUACAUACUUUUGCGAAUUCCAACCAAAGGCCAAGAGGGGAAUAAUGAUAUCAGUGUUAGCUACUUGCUGGAUGUCGGGCAAUAUUAUUUCAGCAGCCCUAGCCUGCUUCUAUGGACUUUGGAUGUGGUUUCCAGAAAUUUUCAACAAAAUGGAAAAGUACGGUGGAACCGUUUGCUCAAUUUCACAUGGAAAUUCUACAGUGAAUGAAACGCAGAGUUUUUGUGAUCCUAUAUCUAAAUCUAUCUAUUGGGAGGGAUUAGUAGUUGCUGCUGCUAAUCUUCCAGGCAAUAUUUUCACAAUAUUUUUCAUAGAAAAAGUUGGUAGAAGGUGGCUUUUAUCUGCCAGUAUGGUAGCAUCAGGCUUAUCUGCCUUUGCAAUCCUUGGAAUGAAAACCAGACUUCAUAACAUUCUACUGUCAUGCUUAUUUAGUUGUAUAAGCGUUGUAGGAUGGAAUGCAUUGGAUGUUCUCAAUCCAGAGCUAUACCCGACAGAAUUAAGAUCAACUGCAACAGGAUUUUUUAGCGGCGUUGGGAGACUGGCAACAAUUGCAGCCAAUCUUUCAUUUGGACUGCUGGUUGACAUCCAUUGUGCUAUUCCUUUAAUUCUUGUCUCAGGUUUGCUGGUUUUUGGAGGACUCUCUUCUCUACUGUUACCUGAAACGAGAAAUGUUGAUCUGCACUAA